UCGGAUACUGCAUUUCCGAGCUGGCACCAUGAGCGAGCAACUGAAAUUCAUCGUUCAGGAACUGAAUAAGGAACCUUUCAACAAGAGGCUCAACCUCAUCAGCUUCGAUGCCUUUCGGCCAGACCAGCUACUGCAGGCGUUAAAUGACGUCUUCGCCGAGUUGGACCCCAAGAUGAAAGCGGACGUACGCAGCGAGGAUCCCGAGCAACUGGCCAUGAGAAACCUCGCCUUCCUGCGCAUAUUGAAGUACAAGCCUCCGCCUGACAUCCCGGUGACUCACGCCAUUCGCAUCGUCGUCCGCAGCGGCUCGUUCCGCCAGGGCCUGGUGUCGGGCGCCAAGGACGUCGUGCUCCCGCUGCUCGAGUGGGCGCUGCGCGGCCUGCCCGAGCUGCGCAAAAGGGCCUACCUGGGACGAUUCCUCGUCAGGGUCGAGCUGCCGCCCGAACUGGACGGGGACGUGGACCUGCAGGCGCUCUACGCGCAGUACGAAGCGGCCAUGGAGCAGUUCAAGGAGGCGCACAAGAUGAGCGAAGCGCUGAAGGCCAGCGGGCUGAACACCCAGGAGCUGCGCAGGGACAUCUCCCAGAUGGAGCAGGAGCGCGAGCAGCUGAACAAGAAAAUCGCCAAGCUUCGCCGUAAGGUUGAAACGCAGCGCAACAAGGACGUCCUGCUGCAGUUGGCCAAGAAUCUCCGCGAGGAACAGGACAGGGCGGAGACGCUCGCCCAGCAAAGGAACAGCCUGCGUGACGCGCUGAACCACUGCGAGCAAAAGAUCCACAGGCUGACGCAGCAGCUAAGAGACCUGCAGCAUUCGGGAGCCGGUGCAACACCAGAAGGCCUGAUGAAAAAGCUGGAGGAAGAGGUCCGAGCCAAUGGCUACCUGGUGCGAGACAAGCUGCCCAAGGAAAUAGCCGCCUGUCAAAACGCCAUAAGAGACCUGCAGAAGGUGGCUGCUGAACCAGCAAUGGGGCAAAACGAACUCAACAGGCUAAAGGCGAAGGUACAGGCUGAGAACCAGGAAAUCAACGCUCUUUAUGAGCAAAAGAUGCGAAGUCAAGAGCAGGCCGAUGACAAGUUGACGCUCUUCAGGCAACAGGCUGCGGUCAUCGCGCGCAAGAAGGACGCCGCCGCAGAGACGCUCAACGAGCUGCGACUGCAGGUGUCCCAGCUGGAGGCUCAGCUGCAGGAGAAGCAGAGUCUCGUCGCCGGCGGUGAGCAGGUCCUCAAGGGAGACGAGUUCAAGAAGUACGUGAACGCGUUGCGCGGCAAGAGCAGCCAGUACAAGCAGCAACGCCAGGAGCUGGCCGAGCUGAGGGCCGAGACCGGUGUGCUGGCCAGGACGCAGGAGAUCCUCGCGCAGAAGGAGCGUGACCUCACGCAGAGCCUGGAGGCGCUCGAAGAAAAGCACGGCGUUCGCGGUUACCACCGGCUGCAGGGAGCUCUGGAGAACUUGUCCGGCAACAAGGCCACGCUAGACGAGACAAAAAUGGCGACACUCGAAGAUAUGUCCGCGAUGGUGACUAACCUCAACAAGCGAAUCGCCGAAAGGAAAGGGCGCCUGGCGCCGGCCAUAAAAGACCUGAGACCACUCCGGAAAAGCUACCAGGACGUGACAAUGGAAUACGACAAAAAGAAAGCAGCCUACGACGCAUGCGCAGCAGGCCUGGAAAGUAGUAUGACAAGUUUGGAGCAGGAAGUGUCCAGCCUCCGAAGUGAGCUGAACAGCGAGGAGUCCAAGCUAAACUUCCUUCAGCACAGCCUUCGGAUCCACGAAGUGCAGCUGAACUUCCUCAAGGCUCGUGGCGUACUUGGAAAUCCUGCAGCCGAUGCCGGGUCCAACGGCCAGACUUCCCUCAGAGCCCAGCUGAGUCACGAGAUCGCCGAGCAGGAGAAGCGGGGCAAGGCCCUGCGGGAGCGCCAGAAGGAGCUGCGCGAGAAGCAGUCCUCACUUCGCGCGCAGACCGAGCAGUGGACGCACCUGCAGGCGCUGCUCAGGGCAAAAAUGGCUGCAGUCACAUCUUCCACUCCGUGGCACCAGGGGGCACCACCGUUGCCCCCAGGUAGCGCGGCGGCGCACAGUGACAUUACUUCAAGGGACUGGCUUGUGCUGUGAAAGGUGGCCAAGAUGGCCCUGAAGUGUGGUGAUUUGCAGUUUGCAGUCAGCAGCCUGUGCGUGUUUGAAUAUCGCGUGAUGCAGACAGCCAAGGUCUGCAGGCUAGGUGUGAUUUCAUUCAUUACAUUAGAGAAAAAAAAAACUGCAAAUGUGUGUGUAGAACACUUGGUUGUGUCAAUGCUGUUUGCUGUGCCACCAUGUGUCACUGUUUGCAGUAUGGUUUAGAAGUGUAGAAAAGCAGAAAAGAAAAAAACGCUCAGUGCUGAAAAGAAACCUUGGUUUCAGUUGAACCAUCUCUGCAAAUCCAUGACUAUUGUAUUUAUUGCAUUCAGGCAUCCCACCCCCCUCCGCCCAACUUAUGUAAUACCCA